CUACACCACUUUUAUAUCAUGUCUUGUAUUAUUUUUUUAUCUUGUAAAAUGUGUUCUAGGCAUUUUAGUUAAACAUUCUCCAAACUAGGUAAAACGCACCAUUUUUGACGAGUUUUUGUUUUAAACGGCACAGGAACACAGAAAACCUUUAUUCACCUUAUGGAUAAAAAGCAUUUAGGGUGGAAAUGACGUGAUUUUUUACGUAAGUAUUAUUAUUCCGAUGUCCAUUGAAUGGGGCAUAAGCUUCACCGCCAUCGCUCACCGCACGUGUGGAGAAUCUGAAAACGCGGACUGGAUUUUUGGAUUUCGCGCCUUUUCCUUUGCUAGUUUUAGGCUAGUAGUACUGGACCAGUGAGACAAUCCUAACAGGUUGGAACCGGCCAAAUGGAGAAGCAGGAACAGAAAAUAUCAGCGUUAUUUGGUGGGAAAUUGCUUGAGCACAAAGGAAAGGAUGUUUUUGUCAGAGUGAGGAAAAGGGAUCUGGAGAAACUAACCACAGAAGUCAUGCAGCUCAGAGAGUUCCUCCCCAAAGUUCUGAACAGAGAUCUGCACAAAGCUCGGGGAGCAGAAACAAAGAAGGAGCAGCUGCAGCAGGACUGUUUGCAUCUUCAGUCCAGGCUGGAUGCAGCACAAACUGAAUGUCAGAAGGAGAGAGAGGAGAAGCUGCUGCUGCGGGACCAGCUGUGGCAGAGUGGAGUUGAGCUGCAGCAGCAGGCAGACUUCUGCUCUUCCAUUGGAUCUGCUGCCUGCAGUUUACUGUGGAGCUGCUCUUCUAGGGAGGACACCGUCACCCUCUGGCUAGCUGAUGGGAAGCUACAGCCCUUCCUGUUGGUAGCUGCUCAGACUUUGGAGAGCUUUGUCAAGUCUCUGGACGAUGAGAUUAAAGCUGAAGACCUUAACUCCCAUGAGCAUCAGUUUGUGUUGGGUCUGGUUGGAACUAUCACCAACAUAGCUGCAGUGACAUGUGGGCGGGACUUCCUGUCCAUCUCAGGACACGUCUUACUGGAUACUCUGAUGAUGCUGCUCGAGGUGAUGAAGCCUGGUGUCUACCCCAAACUCAAAGUGUUGAUGCUGAUGAUCUUGUAUAAUGUCAGCAUCAGCAUUAGAGGACUGAAGUACAUCAGUGAGAACAAACGACUCGUUCAGCUUAUCUGGACCCUGCUUGAAGAUGGACACUGGGAGGUGUGCCUCCACUGUCUGCGCCUCCUGCAGUCAGUGCUUCUAGAGGAGGACAUGCUGCUCCCCCUGGGCUCUUUUCUGCUGGAUCCAGAGCUCCAGGCUCGCGUCAGCCAGCUCACUUCCAAUGUUCAGCCCAGCCUUAGAGCCACAGCUCAGCAGACUCUUGAGGACCUGCAGGCCCUUCAGCUGGCACACCGCUCCCAAUGAGCAGACUUGAUCUAAUUACUUCUGGUUCUGGACCUGGUGAGGUCAACAGAACCGGGUCCGGUCUUCUACCAGUUAGAGCCCCUUCAUGUUAGGUUUCUGUGUUGCCAUGGUGAAGAGAACAUAUCUCUCUACACAUGUUCAUAUUUUGCAAAGACAACAAAAGAAGAGACUCGUGUCUUAGCUAUUAAAGUGUUUUAUUUUAAUACGAAUGUUGUGAUACUGUUUGAUUUUAAAAUAUUAAAGAUGAUGUUCACACUC